GUGGAAUUUGUAACUAUGAACGACCCCUUCACAUGUACAGAGAAUAAAUAUUCGAAUAGGAAUAUACUCACGCGGGAUUUGAUAAUAAGUAGCGAGAGCCGAAUCUGAAUAAGAAACUACUAGUAUUUUGAUCACACAUUCAAGAUGGCGACUUCUUCACAUGCCUUUGUCAUUGUUGGACUGUUAUCGCUGGCACACGCCGCGUAUUCGGCGGCACAGCAUAGAGCAUAUCUUCGACUCACAGAACAAGAAUUUACCAGCUUACCCUCAGAUAUUGUUCUUCAGUGUUUAAUCAGUCUGCUCAUUACAAUUUACGGUGUUGUCCAUUUAGCUGGCAAUUUUAGAGAAAUAAAAGCAGCAGCAGAGUUGGAAAACAAAUCUUUUGAUACAGCAAGCAAUAGACCAUCAUAUUAUAUGUUUAUGCAUCGAGGAAAGGUGUUAAAUUGUCAGUAAAAACUGAACUGAAAUUUAUUGAAGAACAUUUGCAUAUAGUAUGUGAAUUCAGUUGCCAAGACUACACUUACAUACUACUCAUUGAUGUACUGCUAUGAUGAAUGUGAAGGGCAUAAUGUGUAAUGUUAACUGUUUUAACAGGGCAUUUAUAUGAGCUUUCAACAUGGUAGUCUCCACAAUGUAUAUUUUAACAAAUCCACAUUGCCUCAUACAAUCUAACAGUAGCCAUGAAUUUCUUUCACUAUAAUAAAAUAUAAGAAAAUUGUAUGAUUUGUAUUAAAGAUUAUAACCACA